AAAAACCUAGUCUCCUCAUUGUUAUCUUCCAAGGUUUUAGUCCCUUUCACCAUGCAAUCUACUGAGGUUUCAGGUAUCCAAUGCCUAGUUCCUUCCAAUCCAUCCCCAUAUUUGUCGAAUUUCGCCAUGAACCAGAGCGAGAUACCUGCGAACCCAUUCUCGAACUCGAUCUAUAAUCUCUAUGUGCCUCCUCAACUUCAUGAAAUCAGCCCCCACUCGUCGUGUAUCAGCAGCAACUCGACUUCCGACGAAGCCGACGAGCAGCAAUUAAGCCUUAUCAUCGAGAGGAAGCAGAGGAGGAUGAUAUCGAACCGAGAGUCCGCACGUAGGUCGCGUAUGCGUAAACAAAGGCACCUUGACGAGCUUUGGGCGCAUGUGGUUUGGCUGAGGAAUGAGAACCACCAGCUCCUGGAUAAGCUGAACCAUGUGUCGGAGACCCAUGAAAAGGCCCUUCAAGAGAAUUCUCAGCUCAAAGAGGAAGCCUCUGAACUUCGUCAGAUGGUUUCCGAUAUGCGACUGAGUCAGCCGUACACGAACCUGGAAGAUGUUGCCUUGGAACACGGUUUGUUCUAAACCGGUUCAAACAGAAUUUCUGGUUCUUCAAGAUGUAAGGAAACGAGAAUAACAUGUAUUGAGCAUUUGAGCUUGAAUAUUCUCGAAACUGUUAUCUUGUUUGUUCUCCACUUCCUCCUAGACUUCAUACAAGUCCCAUUUGCUGCAAU